GCAGCCCGGGGUUCUGGCGGGGCCGGCGGCGGGGCGCGGGGCCGGGGAUGCGGUGGAGCUGCCCAUGGUGAGCCGCCGCCGCGCCCCGCAGCACCAUGUCCCCGCCGGCCCCGAGAGGAUGUUCGAGGGCUGCCGGCGGGCGCGGAGCCUCUGGGGCGGCGUCAGGCUGGAGGUGGCCGGCGAGAGCAGCCCCGUGGUGCUGCACAGCUUCACGCAGCUCGACCCCGACCUGCCCCCGCUGGAGAGCUCCACACAGGAGAUUGGAGAAGAGCUGGAGGAUGGUGUGAUCUACAGCAUAUCGCUCCGGAAAGUGCAGCUCCAUCACACGGCCAACAAAGGGCAGCGAUGGCUGGGGUUUGAGAAUGAGUCAGCCCUAAACCUCUACGAGACGUGUAAGGUGCGGACGAUAAAAGCUGGGACCUUGGAGAAGCUGGUGGAGUACCUGGUCUCAGCCUUCAAGGGCAAUGAUUCCACCUAUGUCACCAUCUUCCUGUGCACUUACCGGGCCUUUGCCACCACCAAGCAAGUGCUGGACCUGCUGCUUAACAGAUAUGGCAAACUCCACGUGCAGGUGAAUGGGGACCAUGCCAGGCACGCUGUGGAUGAGAGGAUGGAGCUGAAGAACACCAUCUCCUCCAUCCUGGGGGCCUGGCUGGACCAGUACUCAGAGGAUUUCCGCAAGCCCCCAGACUUCACCUGCCUCAAGCAGCUCAUCUCCUACGUGCGCCACAACAUCCCCGGCUCCGACCUGGAGCGCCGGGCCCGCAUCCUGCUGGCCCAGUUCCAGCAGCAAGAGAAGAGCGAGUCCGAGGCAGAAGCUGUGGACCAUGGCAGCUGCACCUUCCAGCUGGCGGAGGAGAACGGGGUCGGGGAUGGGAAGCCAGAUUUCCUCUCCUUCUCCCCAGAGAUGGUGGCAGAACAGUUCACACUGAUGGACGCUGAGCUGUUUAAGAAAGUGGUGCCUUACCACUGCCUGGGCUGCAUCUGGUCCCAGCGAGACAAGAAGGGCAAAGAGCACCUGGCUCCCACCAUCCGCGCCACAGUCUCCCAGUUCAACAGUGUUGCCAACUGUGUCAUCGCCACGUGCCUCGGGGACCGAUCCCUGAAGCCACAGCAGAGGGCAAAAGUGGUGGAGCGGUGGAUCGAGGUGGCUCGGGAGUGCCGCAUCCUGAAGAACUUCUCCUCCCUCCGAGCCAUCCUCUCAGCCCUGCAGUGCAACGCCGUCCACCGGCUGAAGAAGACCUGGGAUGAGGUCCUGCGGGAGAGCUUCCGCACAUUCCAUGAGCUCUCAGAGAUCUUCUCCGACGAGAACAACCACUCUCUGAGCCGGGAGCUCCUCAUUAAGGAGGGCACAUCCAAAUUUGCCACCUUGGAGAUCAACCCAAAGAGGGCUCAGAAGCGGCAGCAGCAACAGCGAGAGAUGGGCGUGAUGCAGGGCACCAUUCCCUACCUUGGCACCUUCCUCACGGACCUGGUGAUGCUCGACACCGCCAUGAAGGAUUUCCUGGAUGGUGGGCUGAUCAACUUUGAGAAGAGAAGGAAGGAGUUCGAAGUCAUCGCCCAGAUCAAGCUGCUUCAGUCAGCCUGCAACAACUACAGCUUCACGCAGGAGGACCAGUUCGUGGACUGGUUCCACAGCCUGGAGCGGCUCAGCGAGGCCGAGAGCUACGGGCUGUCGUGUGAGAUCGAGCCGCUGUCAGAGUCAGCCAGCAACACGCUGAAGGCAAAGAAGAACACGGGCAUCAUCAAGCGAUGGAGCGACCGGCAGCCACCGAGCACCGAGCCCUGCGCCAGCGGCAGCUCCCACUCAAAAUCCUUCGACCAGCUCAAGUGUGGGCAGUACCUGUGCAGUGGGGACGCCACCGACUCGGUGAGUGUCACCUCUGCCGGCUCCAGCAGCUCCGACGUGGAGGAGAUCAACAUCAGCUUCAUCCCCGAGUCCCCCGACUGCCAGGAGAAGAAGCGCUGGUACGCCCCGUCUGUGGCCGAUGGAGAAGCUAAACCCACUGUGUCCUCCGCAUCCCCUCUCCUCCCUGCCCUCCAGUUCUGGGAAUCCACCUCCCUCUCCUCCCUGGACACGUCAGGCAUCGGCUCAGGCUCCAGCAGUGCCUCCUCCUCCUCCGUCUCCUCCACGCCGGUGACGGCCUCCCGCACACACAAGCGCUCGGUCUCCGGCAUCUCCAGCUACUCCUCACUCUCGCUGCCCCUCUACAACCAGCAGGUCGACGACUGUUGUAUCAUCCGUGUCAGCCUGGCUGUGGACAAUGGCAACAUGUACAAGAGCAUCCUGGUGACGAGCCAGGACAAGACCCCGGUGGUUAUUCGCAAGGCCAUGGCCAAGCACAACUUGGACGGGGACCGGCCUGAGGACUACGAGCUCGUUCAGAUCAUCUCGGAGGAGAGAGAGCUGAAGAUCCCCGACAACGCCAACGUGUUCUACGCCAUGAACUCCGCUGCCAACUACGACUUCGUGCUCAAGAAGCGGGGCUUCUCCAAGGGGGUGAAGAUCAAGCACGGCUCCAGCUCCACCCUGCCCAGGAUGAAGCAGAAAGGCCUGAAGAUCGCCAAGGGCAUCUUCUAGCCUCAGCCCCACUGCCACCCAUCACCGACGGGGCCUUGGGGGCAAGCUGCUCCGGGCUUGGCCGCGGCCGGUCCUUGUGCUGCCCUGCACGGCGAGAGGAGCGACCCCCGCCUGGGGGCACGGCCGUGCAUCCCCCUCCUCCCACACCGAGCCGGGCUGUUGGACAACUGGUGUCGGCCUCUGCCUCUCUCUGCACAAGCCCCCAUUCCAAUCAGGUCUUUUUUUUCCUACCCGGGAAGGCAGCAGCGGGGGGAUAUCUCUAUUUUUUUUGUUGUUUUAUUUUUUAAAACUUCCACGGUGCGCCACUCGUCCAGCCCCGGCCAGCCCAGAGCUGGAGCCCGCCUCUGCCGUAGGUGCCUUGUGUCCGAGCGAGCCGGGGAGCGGCGACUCGCAGAGGGGCUGUUGGACAGGAGCAGAGCACGAGCCACCACCCUGGGGCUGCACAGCCUCCCACCCGGCGCAGUGCUCUCCUCCCCAGCUUUCCUGGUGGUUACCUCCACAUCUUUCCUCCCUGGGAUAGCCGGCAUCGCCACCACCGCACAUCUCCGCCCGUCCUUCCCUUGGGAGAAGCCACGGAUGCCCCAGGCUGGGAAGAUGCAGCCCUGUGCUCAGAGCCCUGUGGAGGAGGGCUGUGCCUGUGCCGUGAGGGAGUGGACGCCCUGUGCUCUCCACAGCUGGAAGCCUGCAUGGUCUCGCUCCUCUCCCGAUCCAGCGCUUCCUCCAGCUGGACAUGGAAUGGCCCGUGUUCAAACUUGCACCAAAGAUCAAAUGCCAGUGUCUCUUCUGCCGUCGGGGGAAGCUUCGGGCCGUGCCCCCAGCGCUGCCAGCCUAACGAGGGGGAGGAGAGCAAAGUUCUGAACUUGUGUAAAUAAGAGAUUUUGGGUCUGCGUGGACAAGCGAGGAGCUGGAGAGCUCAGCAUGCUCCGGGUGCCCCGGCUGCCACUGCCUGACCCUCAGAAAGUGCCACUCACCUUGGGCUUUAACCAGACUUUUUCAAACACUGACCAUGGGAGAAGCAGCAAUGAGACUUUUUUUUGUAUAAAACAAAAAGGUUUACUGAUUUUUUUUUUUUCAGUAUUUAUUGGUUGUAAAUAGAAGAGGCAAACUUGUACAUUUUACUAAUCCAGCCUCCCCCUGCCCUGCAGCCCAGUCCCUCUCCUGUCCCCACCCUGGUAUUUAAGGCUGCUGGGAGGGACAUUGGCAGCAGCAGCAGCAGCUUUGCUCUGCUGUGCUCAUGGGGUGCAGACCCCGCCAGUCCCCCCCCUCCCAAAUUUCUACCCCUAGUUGCUCGAGCAGGGGCAGUUGCUUGUUUUAAUCGUUGUAGGAAACACUAACCAAAGGGGGACCUUUUGUUGCUCCUGGCUCUCUGUUUUUUAAGCGCUUCAUUCCAGCAGAUCUUUUCUCUUUCCCGUCCGUCGGAGCUGCCAGGUGGGUGCGGUGCCUUCCUCAGCUCCAGGAGAAGGACCACACGCUCCAGGGGCCAGGGCUGGUGACAGGAGCUGGGCUGCAGGUCCCUGGCACCAGGUGGGGAAGAGGCUGCUUGGGUGUGAGUGUGGCUUCCCCAGCCCUGUGUCCCCACUGCCCAUUGCUGCACAUGAUGGGAGCUCCUGGCUCCCUGACGCAGGGGCAGCCUCCUGCCUCCCACCCUGCCCAAAGCCCAGCCCCUUCCCUCGGGCACCAAAUUCCCUCUGCCAGCUCCUGCCUACCCUGGGACUGUCCCCUCCCUUCCCACCAGUGUCCCCAGCAGCCCAGUGUCACUGGAGGGACUGGCUGUACCAUAUGUAUUUUGUACCACUUCAAUGAAGGACACACUGCCCAGUGUGACUUGUACACAGCAAUGUAAUUAGUCUUUGCAAUAAAAUACUGAUGCUCAAAUGUC